GAUUUUACCCACGAUAAUCGAGUUGAAUCGAGUAAGGUACCGUAGAUUCAGGUUUUGUUGCUAUUUAGUGCGGAAGGUGUGAGUUUUGAAAUGCCUUCUCUUAAGUACAAAGCGAGACGUGUCGAGUUCAUGUGGUAAAACCGUGGCUAAAUUCUGGACCGGUAACUAGAAUGUACUGGAAGGAAGAACAUACAAUAACCCUGUUAGAAAAUCGAAAUCCUCAAGACCAAUGCUGGCCUCAAGUUCUUCUUCCUCCUCCUCCCCAGUAGCCUGUGGGGGCCGAGCAGCCAUUGACGGCUCUGAAACUAACCACGUCAUCCCCUUUUCCCCAUAUGUCGACAAUCCAACCCACGUGAUCCAUUCACUUUUCCUGGAAAAGAUACCACCCGACGUGGAGCCUCAAAUAUCCUCACUUCCCCUUUUCCCUUUCCCUUUAUAUUGAUUGCCACCCAACGGCAACUUGAGAGCAUCAUACAUAGUCUUCAUUCACCCUUCUUCAAUUCUGUAGUUACAAGUUUGAAGCUUGAGUUUUCUUCUGUGUUAGAUUUAAGCAAUUCCACACAUUUUCGAUAAAAUGGCCUUGACCUCGUCGACCUUGCAAACAAUCUUCUCCAGCCCAUCUGUGGCUAGCCGCGCCAGAACCACCAGCUACUCCUUUCCUCGCAUAGCAAGCGUUCCUCGUCUGAGCAGAAAUGCCGUCUUGUGCAUGGCCACUGGGCAGGAUGAGAAGACUGGACAGACCAACGAGCCCGCAGCAGCCGCACCCCCAACGACAUCCCAAAUCCCAGCUAUUCCCCCUCCUCCACCCAAGCCCAAGGUGAGCACCAAGUUCGGCGACGUCCUCGCGUUCAGCGGGCCGGCGCCGGAGAGGAUCAACGGCAGGCUGGCGAUGGUAGGCUUCGUGGCCGCCCUGGCGGUGGAGCUGUCCAAGGGUCAGGACGUGUUCACCCAGAUCUCCGAGGGAGGCACCACUUGGUUCGUCGCCACCAGCGUCGUCUUCACUCUCGCGUCCUUGAUCCCGUUGUUCAAGGGGAUCACCGUGGAGUCGAAAUCCGGUGGGUUAAUGACCUCCGAUGCCGAGAUGUGGAACGGUAGAUUCGCCAUGCUGGGCCUCGUCGCCCUGGCCUUCACCGAGUACGUCAAGGGUGGUCCCUUUGUGUAAUUUACUAAUUUUUGUAGACAUAUGCCUCGUGAAGAUUGUACUUGUAUGCGACUAGUAGUAAUAAUGUUUCUCAUCCUUCUAUACGGGCAAAACUGCUACUCGGAUACAAUGCAUAUCGACAGACGACAGGCGGGGAAACAAUGAGAAGAUGGUGAAAAAAUGUUGAUCCCCUAACUUCUUAUAUAAAUAUUUACAUACAAAAGUGACUUGACGAUUACCAACA